AUGUCGUCGAGGCGAACGGUGCUUAGCAAGCACCUGAAGGAACGUCAUGUUAACAUGAUAUCCUUCAGCGCCUGCAUAGGCUUCGGACUGUUCCUCAACACUGGAAAGGUCAUCUAUCUGGCGGGACCGGGAAUGGCUUUGGUCGCGGUCGUGUUGGGAUGCUCGAUGAUGUGGAGUGUGAUCGCGUGCCUGGGAGAAAUGACUGCAUUGUUCCCAGUCCCUGGACCACUGUUCGAAUUUCCUGGACGAUUCAUCGACGAAGCUGUCGGAUAUGCUACUGGCUGGAUGACCUGGAGCGCGUGGAUUGUGAUUUUGGCUGCCGAAAUCCAGGCUGUGGCGCAAUUAUGGAGAUUUCGAUUCGAUCCAGCAUAUCUGAAAUCUGUGGGCUACCCGGACGAACAAUUGGGAUGGAGCACAGAACACUACAGCCCUGCGGUGUGGGUAUUUCUGUUCUUGAUCAUCGUACUGCUUAUCAACCUUCUUCCCGUCCGACAAUACGGCCAACUGGAAUACAUUUUUGGGGUCAUCAAGUUGACGUUUAUCUCAUUCCUGAUCGUUUUCAACAUUGUUCUGUCCGGGAUGCAGAAAGUCUAUCACGCAAACCAUUUCUGGACCUGGAACUCGCCGUGGGGGUUUUCGUCCGCAGGCAUGGUUAUCCAUCCGACUACAUCAGAUCCAACCAACCCGGAUGCCAUGGUCAAAGGGAACUUGGGCCAUUUCCUGAGUCUCUGGACAGCCAUCACUACCUGCGUAUUCUCCUUCGUCGGGUUUGAGGCCAUCGCGGUGACAGCACCCGAAAACAAAGACCUUGAGAAAUAUGAGACGAUCAAGAUUGCGACGAAGAAGCUUUCGAUGCGCAUAUCACUUCUUUACAUAUUAGGUACUUUUGUUGGCGGUCUCAACGUUCCGUACGAUGAUCCCAAUCUCGUCAACAUCCAGAUCAACGCCGUUCGCGCAGGACAAAACAGUGUCUUCGUUCUUGCAGCUGUUCGGAACGGCCUGCGAGGGUUUCCAUCCGUCUUCAACGGCUUCUUCAUCUUUGCAGCCACCACGUCGGGCAUCAACGCGCUUUACACGUCCAGCCGACUUCUCCACGCGCUUGCAAGCAUCCCGGAAGCUUGGCCUUUGUGGUUUCAGAACUACAGAAGGCGGCUGGAAAGAGUGAGCGAUGCUGGCGUUCCACUCGGUACCGUCUGUGUUUCCUGGUGCUUCGGUUUGAUGGCCUUCCUAGCGAUCAAGCCGUUUCCUUCGGUCAUUCUGGGACGGAUGACCAACAACGCAGUCAUUGCGGAGCUCAUCUGCUACACCAUGAUCUGUCUCUCGUACACGCAGUUCUACCACAAGAUCAAAGUAGCUGCCAAUGACCAUACUUUGGAGAACCGUAGCGCGUUCAACCGCGACGACAAGCAGUAUCCGUACCGGACCCACGGACAGCUCUUCCGCGCCUGGUACGGAUUUUUCUUCUGCGCCCUCCUCAUCGUCUUCAACAACUGGAGAGCAUUUGUGCCGCCCUUCUCAACGCCCGAUUUUGUUGCGUCCUACAUUGGGGUUGCCGUCUUCCUUGCUAUAAUCGCAGCAUACCACGUGCGAUCGGACGGCUGGAACCCACUCAAGUGGCGGCGCAGUGCGUCGAUGCAGAUUCACAGGCCACCGCCCAAAGUAGUGGUGCCAGGGCGACGACGAGGCCAUUUGGAGUUCCCGAACCCGAAGAUGCCGUUUUGGCAGGAAGAUAACGCAAAAGCGCUUGUCGCUUUCAUCUGGGGCUGGCUCAAAUGA